AUCCUCGUUUUCCCCAACUCUUCGCUCUUUGGCACGGCGCCUGUAAUAUUUUAUUUUAUCACGACUGCUACUCUUUUCGACAUUUCUCCUUAAUUCUAGUUUUCUUUCCCUCUUCUCCGCCCUAAUUCAACUUGCUGCCUGUACUAUUUGACGGGCGUAAUUCAGUCCGUCAUUGCCUCACUCAGCACACUAGCCGCCAAACCGACGAUUCAACAGCUUCUUCUGCCGCCAACGCACCUCGCGCGCUUCUCCGAUCGAAACCAAACGAUACGCCGAUAGAAACGAAGCUUGCGACGAUAAUCAUGCUCUCCCCUUAGGCGGCGCCCUACCUCAACUGACAUCACCCAAAACCGGCCCGCCUUCCUCUCGCCGCGUCCUGGGCACCGUUAACGUCAUGCGCAAACCAGACGCACUCGAUACAAUGACACGCUCACAUACACUAAACAAGCCGAUACGGGUAUUGGGGUCAUGUCGAAAAUAUUCAACAAUUCUCGUGGUACUUAUGCUAUGCCUCGUUACCCCGUCGCUAGUUUCUGCCGUCCAAGUCGACUUCGACAACUGUCUUGACCCAAACUACAAAGACUCCAACAAGCUACAAUUCAUGCCGCUUAUUGCCGAUGCAACCUAUGUGAUUGACGGAGACAAGCGAAAAUUCUUCUACCAAGCAUGGUCAAACGUGACAGGUUGGGUAGACGGAAACCCACCUAAUGGAGGCCACUUACCACCCGACUACUGGGAAAACACCAGUAGGACGGAGGGGAAGAUCGCCAAUGGAGAGUAUAAGGCUACCGUCAUCAAUAGCAUUGAUUUGCUGAUGACUCGCCCUUUCAGCUCCCCCGCGGGCUUCUGUGAGACUGGUAUUCACACAGACUGCCCCGUGGGGCCAGUAUUCAAUCAUACGCAAGUCGAUCUGCGCAAAGCACUGCCAUCAUUCAACUUUACAUACGAUUUUUCAGGAAGCAUUGCAUUUAACUCAUUCGCAACGACUAUUCUUGUAAAGCCCGGUUAUAAGAAUAUUGUCGUGGGCUGCGUUUCAUCAGUUAUUACUCCUGACCUCGGCUCAGCAGCCGCUGCCGUGCAGUUUGUGCCGCUUGCUGCUCUUUUGGUUACGGGAUUUGCGGUUAUCUUUGCAGGCAUGUACAGCCCCUGGGGAUCUACCGACAUUUUCCAGUGGACAACCAACUACGGACGCGAUGCAGACCAGCUACGUCUCAUCACUCCCGGCUUUGGAGACUUUUUGCAAUAUUUACAGUUUAUUGUCUUGACUGGCGGUCUCAGCAUAUCAUAUCCUGGCUUUUACCAGCCUGUUGUAAGCAACAUUGCUUGGGCUUCAGUCAUGUUUAACGAAAGCGUCGUCACACAUAAGCCUGGCUGGCAGAGUGUCCAGGAUGGCAUCUACGCCUACGUUCCAAACACACGAUAUGGCCUGCAUCGACUGGGUCAGCUUGUGGGCAUGCAAGAUGCAACCGAUAUAUGGGCAGGCAUGAUGGUAUGGCUGUGCAUUGUUGUACUGUGUGUCUUUGUGAUUGUUCAGCUGGGCUUCUUGGCGCAAUGGCUUUACCGCCGUGUUAAGCAGGUGCCUGAAGAAGACUUACGAUCCAAAAACAUACCUUUUUCUGUCGGCAACAUUGUCCGCAUUGUAUUCAACUUUCUUCUGCUACCCAUUGUCGCACUGUCAACGUUCCAGCUUCUUCUUGCUAGCGAGUCACCGCGCUUCACGGUAGCCCUCGCCGCUGUGACGCUGGCCGUCUUGAUUGGCUUGGCGGUCUAUCUCCUAUACUUUAUUGUUGCGACAAAGCCAAAGGCCGUGUUAUUCGACGACUUGCCAACAGUACUACGACUCGGGCCACUAUACAACACGUACUCUGACGAAGCUGCUGCUUUUGCACUUGUGCCGAUAAUUCUUACGUUCCUUCGCGGAAUCGCAAUUGGUGGUUUCCAGUUCAGUGGUAUUACACAAGUGGUGAUGCUAGCCAUUUGCGAAGUCAUUUAUGUCUUUUCUCUUCACGCCUUCCGCCCCUUUCAAACACACACGUCGAUGAACGCGUACCAUACCGCAUUUGGUAUUAUGCGACUUCUCGGUGUUUUGCUUCUUAUUCCUUUCAUUCCUUCGCUCGGCCUUACCGAAGGACCGAAAGGAUGGAUUGGGUAUGCAGCGCUUAUUGUCCAUGCAUGUGUUAUCUUCUUUGGGUUCUUCUUGAGCGCCUUGCAAACUAUUGUGGAAGUCGCGGCCCGUCUUCUCGGUGCAGGUGGCGACAACGCCUCUGGGCUUAAGCGAGGUGGUCUAUCCAAGAUUUUUGGUAUGCGCCAGCUGGCAAAGAGAGAAAUUCAUAGACCCGCGCCAUCAAGGGCCAGUCAGCUGUCAACCUCAGCCAUUGUUGACCCGUCCAGGACGGCGUAUUCACCUGGCUUGGGCGUUAGAAGCAGCUCUGGCUUGAGUAUCGGCCUGUCGCCACGUAAUGUCAAACGGAGCAGCUCUGCACUAGACAGCCCUGACGUCUACUCUACACAUCGGACCAUGGAUAGCCCGACAUCAUAUGUCCCCGGAACGCCUGCUGAGGAUAGCACAUAUUCGUUUAUCAACACUCCCAGUACCAACAGACCUGGUAUUAGUCUCACUGCCCUGAAGGCGGCUGAUCCCUGGUAUCGUCCUCCACGACGCGGUACUCAGACGGCUGGAGAUAAUCUCUUGGCUGACCAGCAGCGCGUCUCCCUAAUUAUGGAUAAGCACGAUUCUUCCUUGCCCACUAGUCGUGGUCUUGGCCUGGAUCCCGAGAACGGCGAUAUUGGAGCCGAGAUUUCACGAAAUGGCACGCCUAUUGCACCAGGAACGUUGGGGGUAAAUCCUGCCAUCAGCUACCCCCCGAACCAGCCGGACUACGCCACGCGAGAGGUUGACUUUUACUAUGGAGUCCGAGGCCCGGCGCUCAACUCGGACCAUCUGGGUCGCAAAUUGGGUACUGGUCCAGCCGACCCAACUGGCCCAAUCGCGACAGCAAGCAGCUGGGUCCGAGGUCUCUUUGGUGGCAAGAGUAAGGACAAGAGUAAAGGAUUUGAGGUGGUCCGCAGCUCCAGGAUGCCCAAGGCUGUUGCCAACAACGGGGGCUAUGGGGACGAAACACCGCCAGAGGGUAUUCCUAUUGCCACGGGAGGCAUACGAACUGGUCCUAUUGAAUCUGACGAUGAUGAACCUGUGCCACAAAAGUCAUCCCAUCGACCAGCACCCAUCGUGACCAACUUUGAAACCCUUGAGGACGAAUCUGACGGGCCUCCCCCCAUCAGCCCUCUGACCGACGACGCCCCCGAUAUUCCACGAAAGAGCUCUAAGCGAGACUCUCAUUUGGCACCGAGGGGCCAUACUCCGACGUUGAGCAUGGUUGAGUCUAAUUCACAGGGUGACCGCUCCUCUAGAGAUGAAGCCGCUAUAUAUGGCCACAAGAAGAGCCUCUCUGCUCCUCAUCCCGCAGCACCAGCACUACCCACAUUACCAUUUGAGCGCUCCGCGUCCAAGAAGCAGCGAUCACCUAGGGGGUCAACCGCCAUAUUGGGCGAGCAGGAUGAGUUUACCAACAUUGACCUGGCCACCUUGUCUAGCGACCGACCCGCCAGUUUUGGAGUUGUCAGACAGCACGGCAUCAGCCGCGUUGACCCUGUCCACCACGGUGCGGACUGGGCAGGAAGUUCAGCCGAGCUUGUUGACGAGAAUGGCAAUAUCAAACGCAAGUAAUAGAACGAGCCGGCAACGUUUUGAGUGUGGAGUGUGGCAUGAGUGUACAGCCGCAUAUCAUUCUUAAACUUUUUUUCCGUGCGUGGAACUGAACGCUGCGUAUAGCAGACUCUCUUUUUAUGUUUUUUUUUCUUUCUGGGGUAUAUCAUAGACGGGGUUUUUCGCAAGCGAAGAAAAAAUCGGCAGCUAUCGCCGCUGCAUCUGGAGCAGCCGCAAGACUAGCGAGGGAUGUUUAUUAGGGCAUUUUUGUUUAUUAUUGGAUAUUUUUUAAGUACAUGAUGCUGUCAGCGAAUAACAAGCUAUUUCACCUUUUCUAU